CUAUUAUCUUCGUGAAUAGUUCUUCCCACUAUCUCAAUUUUUUACAAUAUAAAUAUUUCCCUUGAUAAUUGUUAGGUUAUGGUGUUAGUUUUCUAGGUGGUUUUUAAACAGCAUAAUGAAAUUACUAAAAUAUUUUUACUACUACUGCUUAGUUUUUGUUUUUCUUCUUCAUGAUACGUGCUGUUUGUUGGAGGUUCAUUCGCCUCACAAUGACUGCUUCUUCAUGUCCUCUUUCCAUUGUCAUUUGUCAAGGCCAACAUAGAUUUCAUUUCUUUACAGAAAAGCCAGAAGACGAGGGUUCCGUGAGAGUAGGCGGGAAAGGCAAGAAGAUGAGAAAGCCCAGGACCAUCUACUCGUCGCUGCAGCUGCAACAACUCAACAAGAUAUUCCAGAGGACUCAGUACCUUUCUCUGCCGGAGCGCGCUGAGCUGGCCGCUAAACUUGGCCUCACUCAGACUCAGGUCAAAGUCUGGUUUCAAAACAAGCGAUCCAAACACAAGAAGAUGAUGAAGGCAGUGCAGACGGGCGGGGCUAGAACCCCCCAGGGUACACCUGUGGUGCCCAGUUCGCCACUAACGACGGCCCCUCUGUCUUCAGCCGCCUCGCCCUACCAGACGUGUUCCACCCCGACUCCGACCAGUCCUACUAGCCAAGCGUAUGGAGAGCCUGGGGCUCUGUUCCAACCUCCGGGACCCUCGUAUACCAAAGCUCCAGUUAUUUCAGUGUCACAAGCAGGCCCAGUGGUCGAUCCACACCAGGCGGGCCACCACGAGUUCAGCCAGCAUCCACACAUCAAGUCUGAGAUGAUGACCCCAGCCUCUCAUUCCCCCAACACAGCCUCGCCUCACGCCCAUCCCCCACCGCCUCACCCUGCGUCUGAAGGUGGCUCGCCCCUCUCCUGUGUCUCACACCUACACUAUUCCCCUCAUUCUGAAUCCCCGCAACCCCAUUUUCCUUCAGUAUUUUCUCAUUCUCACCCAUCUCACUCACAGCCAUAUUAUUCUCACGUAGUUUCCCCUCUUUCGCAUCCACCGCAUUCACACCCAUUACAGCUGCCGCCGCACGCCCACGGGCCGCCCCAACACCCGUCCACGCCCAGCAGUCAGUCACAAGACAAUCAUGGUUCUCCCCAGCUGUGUGGUCCUGGUGCACCCCCGCCCCAGCACCACAUGAACCACCCGCCCCACGGUGGAUACAUGCCGCCCACCUCCAUAGCUCCACCUGUAUCCUCUGCUGACCACAUGUCCUUACCGCCUGCCGCCUCUUCGCCCUCUCUGGCCGCCCACCACUGGGACAUGAAGCCGCCCGUGUCGGCGCCCUACAUGUACUCGUGGUAUUCCCCAGACCAACAACAUCUCCUCACUUAGUCACUCAUCUUAAUGUGUUGGCAACAAGGGCCAGUGACCACCGCCAGCUUCAGGGCCACCGAGCUCCUGCUAUGGCCCGCUGUGUGGCCCACUGGUGGCCCGCGGCCUGACAGCCGGGACCAAAGAUGACAAGAAGAGCCCAAGGGGGCAUCCCAAAGAUUUUGUGCAAUAUACUCGCCAUAUUGGCGAUGAUACGGAGAGCUAAGCUAAGUCACAGCUCAAGGUUCGUCUGUAUGACUGAGCUAUGAGCCACGAUGAUGGAACUUAGACUUAGCAUAGCACGGGGCACGAGAGCAGCUGUGCUAGGUGCUUGACAUCUGGACUGAGGGACAUGUGGACCACUGCCGAAAACCUUGUUACUCUUGUGGUGUAGCUGUGGAUUAAGGGGACCCUGGAAUUAAAUCUGUGUCCGUGAGAGUAUCUAAAAACCAGCUAGCAUGAUCAUCACUGGAAAAAGACCCAUGCCUAAGAUGUUUCAUUUGAUAUUCAAAACGUGCACGGGAUGAUGCUCCGGUGCUAAGUCUAUGCACCUUAAGCAGAUAGAAAUUAAAAACAAAACAUAAGGUGAUCUUCCAUCAGAUUUCGUAUCCAGUGAUAUUGGUUAUUAGAAUGGUAUAUGGUGACCAGUACUGUGGCCAGAUUAUCCGUAGAUUCCAGGGAAGAAUGCAAAACACGAAGAAGUUGAAGAUAUCAUGAACAGUUUAGCCACAGCCUGUUGCAAAUCUCACAGGGACCCCCAACUAAGCAAUCCCAACAGCAGCCACAAUUAUCCAGAGGGAGACACCAGACGGUAUGCAGAUGAUGUGAGACUACAUAUUUGCAUCAACAAUGACCGACCGAUCUUGCACAAGAAAAGCAGUGGCGGGCAUAUCAUUUUGACUCUUACGACCCAUCCACUAAUCUUCUCACCGUGGAGGAAUGUUCAUCCUUCUCUCUUCCAAGAACUACUACUAUUAUUCCUGCAGACAUAAUAACGUGUUCCCCCUGUCCUUUCCUGUGUGCGAGUGUGUUUACAUAUGCGUGCGCGUGCGUGUGUGUAAUCAAACACUAAAGUGCCCCGUACACAUUGUGGUUGAGGUUUACAGUCCUCGCACCAUACAUAAUCAGCGUAGCGUUUCCAACGAUUUACGCGGAGUUUACACUCUCAAAAAGACCUUACGAGGAACAGUAGUGGACAAUCAGUCGUCGACCAGGACACAGCACAAAAAAUAAAUAAAUAUAUAAUUUGCCAAAAUAAAGCGGAAAGUUAGUUUGUCACUAGUAACCGCAGGUGCACUUCACUUAGCUUCUCUUGUCACUGUCACCCUCUCAGGUGUCUAUCUCUGUAUUUACAUCUAUCUGUCUCUCUCUCCCUCUCUCAUUAUUUAUAUACCAUUGUACAUAUCCACAACAUAUAUGUAUUUAGUAUUGUAUGGAAUUAAGCUUUAAUAAAAAUAAAAAAAGUAUAAAAAUAUAUCAAAUAUUUUUUAUGUGAAGUCUAGAUCUGUGUUCAAGAGACCAUUCUAAAGAAAU